AUGGCCGUGGGGUGGAGACCGGCCCCGACAGGGUGGAUCACAGUGAACUCCGACGGGUCGCUUCUGCGCCCGUCAGGGUCUACCGCUGCAGGAGGAGUGCUUAGAGACUGGCAGGGUCGCUUGUUAGGGGCCUAUGCGAUGAACCUGGGGAAAUGUACCAUUACCAGAGCAGAAAUUUGGGGGGCACUCAAGGGCCUCGAGAUUGCGUGGGAUGCAGGAUACCGCAGGGUGGAGUUGCAACUGGACUCACAGACAGCUAUCACGCUUCUUCAGGACACCGGAAGCCAUAGUCACCAGCACGCUAGUCUCACCUUGGCGUUUCAGUCUCUGUUGCGCCGGGAGUGGGAAGUCCGGAUCACACACAUUUAUAGAGAGGCCAACUUCUUGGCCGAUUGCCUCGCUCAUAAGGGACACUCGUUGUCUCCAGGCUAUCAUCCUAUUGCUCUUUCUGACCUUGAUGUAAGCCGUUGGGCCCUUUUUGACUCUGUUGGCGGUUUUACCGUUCGCUCGAUAAUUGAAUAA